CGCUCUCGCUCGGCUGCAGCAUGAAGCAGCUUGAUCGUGCGUUGUACUCGCAGGCUGCACUCAUCAGUCGUCGGCUGUUUAGCCAGGAGAUCGUCGAUGGAGUUGCGGUAAAGCCUCCGUAGCUGCCGCUUGGGCGUGCCAUCAUAGCCCACCGCUGAGCCUGCAAAGCCGACAAGCUUGCGAUACAAGUGUCUCGAUCGACUGGACAUGCGGUCCACGAGAAGCGUCGAGGCCGGCCUUGCUAGCUGAGUCCAGGCUGCCGGGCUGCCGGGCCGCGAGCGCUGUUCCUGCGUAGACUGGGCCGGGCCUACCUACGCGAUUUUGCGAGGAGUCUGCCGGUUUUGCGAAUCGCCUGCCAACCAGCGUUUCCACUGGCGAUCAUGCACAUCCCCAAGCUCAAGAUCAAGCCCGGCAAGCUGACAGCAGAGGCAGCCUGUGGACCCGAGAUGGCAGCUCUGCUUGCAUGUUUCGCCUCACUGACGAGCACCGAGGCUGCUCUGGAAGCGAAGAGCCAGAGCACCCGCUGCCAGGAUUCUGUGCGGAGUUUCCAGAGGUGCAUGGCCAAGGCCGGCAAGUAUCAGAAGCUCAACAAGCCGACCAUCAAUUAUCAUCUCGCCAGACUUGGCAAAAAUCUCGUGUGAGUCUAUACAGCCCGAGCAUGAUGAGCGAU